GUAAUGGAGAGCCACAGAGAUCCAUUGUGCGACAUCAAUAGAACAAGUGUUUGCACCAUUUAAGACUAAAAAAAACAACAACACCAAGUCCAGAAGAUUCUUGCUUUGAGGGAAAUGAGAAAGAGACAACAUGCACAGGAGUGAGAAUAGAGGAAGCUGGGAGUUUCAACCUGAGGACACCUUAACAGAGGAGACUGGUAACUUUCCAUCUGGCCUGGCCCAGGCAAACCUCAAUGGAGAGGUAAAGGACUGCUUGGCAGUUUCUGCUGUAGAUGUCCCAGGUCUGUCCUACAGAAAUGAAGAUAUAAUGUCAGAGAAUUGGAGGCAACACAGGAAGCAUGUGUUUGUGCUGAGCGAGGCAGGUAAGCCUAUCUACUCACGCUAUGGCAACGAGGAAGCCCUCUCUUCCACCAUGGGUGUCAUGAUGGCACUGGUCUCCUUCGUCCAAGCUGGAGGCAAUAUGAUUCAGUCUAUUUUUUCAGAUGAUCACACGGUGGUCUUUUUGCAGAAGGGUCCUCUGGUGUUUGUAUCUGUCUCUGCCACUCACCAAUCUGAGCAGCAGCUGCGCAGCGAGCUCCUCCAUGUUUAUCAUCAGAUAGUCAGCAUGCUCACGCAGGCCAGCAUAACCCGCAUAUUUGAGCGCCGGAAGAACUUCGACCUGCGGCGUCUGCUGUUUGGCUCGGAGAAGGUUCUGGACGGCCUUCUCGACGCCAUGGAUUCUGAUCCCAGCUUCAUGCUGUCUGCUGUCCAAUGCCUGCCUCUGCCAUCCUCUUCCAGAGACGCCCUCAGUCAAAUCCUACAGAAAGCCGUCACCCCAAAUCUGGUCUUCUCAUUUCUCAUUGCCAAUAACCGACUUGUCUCCAUUGUUCAGGAGAAGACAGUCUUGGAGGACGCUAGACUAAAACCCAGUGACCUUCAUCUCCUCUUUAACCUGAUCAGGGCCUCCUCUGCUUUUCAGGCUGGAGAGAUAUGGACUCCCAUCUGCCUGCCUCUGUUCAAUCACGACGGCUACUUUUAUGCUUAUGUGGCGUAUCUAGACCCUCCUGAAUGUACUGUAUGCCUCGUUCUUCUGUCUACAGAUAAAGAAGCGUUUUAUGCCAUGGCAGAGUGCAAAAGGAAAAUUGAGGAAGCUUUCACAUCCCAGAAUGCCUUGCAGUGGGUGGCAAACACUCAGUUGUACUGUGUUGAUGAUAUUGGUGUAGCUAAUCUUAAGCACUUCCUGUACAAGCCCUCAAAAAUGCUAGACCACCAGCUUCCUCAGUUCACAAGCCCAGAGAUGGAGGUGGCAUACAGAAGCCAGGAAGAGAGGAUACGCCUGCUGGAUCUGUAUCGCAACAUGCACAAUCGUAUCCACAGUACCUCACGGCCGCUUAAACUCAUCUACCAUUCUGCAGGCAAAGAAACUCUGCUGGCCUGGGUCACUAGCAAGUUUGAGAUGUACGCCUGCUUCACUCCACUUGUCACUAAGAAAUCAGCUAUUAGUGAACUCACUAAACUAUUGAGAUGGAUCAAAAAGGAAGAGGAGCGUCUCUUUAUUUGUCACCUCCUAAAAUACUCCACUACCGGGAGCUCCACAGACAGAGGGAGAUCAGAUAGAUUGAGCACAUCAGACACUGGCCUUCUGUCUCUCUUGUAAUUUUGGGUAGCCUACCACCCAACACAUAAGAUGCUGUUUUACUGCCAUGUUUAAUGAUAAAUUCAGUGUGUUUGAGUGAAAUGGGAAAUGUGGCUGCAUUAAAAAUAAUGUAUGCACUGUUUGCGUGAGUUCGUAGGUGGCGUGUUUCGUUAAUGCAGAUGAAGUUCUCAAAUUCAUGUUAAUUUUUCAGUUCAGCUUUUCACACAUUGUUCUGCUAAUAGCAUAAUUUGUGAUGUCAGGCUUUUAAAUAAAAAGUCUCACCAAGGCUGCAUUUAUUUGAUCAGAAAUACAGUAAAAACAGUAAUAGUGUGAAAUAUUAUUACAAUUUAAAAUAGAUGUUUUCUAUGUUAAUAUAUUUUAAUAUUUAAUUUAUUUGUGAGUCUUCAAUGUCAUAUGGUCCUUUAGAAAUCAUUGUAACAUGCUGAUUAACUGCUCAAGAAACAUUUUUUAUUAUCAGUGUUGAAAAACUUGUGCUAUGUAUAUACAGUGGAAAGCAUUUAUUUUAAAUAGAAAUAUAGAACAGUUUUCAUUAGUACUUUUUAUAUGUUGCUAUGCUUGUUUUGUUUAUAUAUACCUGCUUAUAAAAUUUUCAUGCAUGCCACUUUAAAUCAAAUCACAGAAGUACUGACUGGUAGCUAUUUGUAAAAAUGGCUAACUCAUGUGACAGUCAGAUGUUUCCAGAGUUACUGAUGUUUAUUCUACAGAUACAGUGAAGUUCAUUGACUUAUAAACCUUAUCAGAGUAUCAUGUGUUCCUUUUUUCUGUUCCUACAGCUUUAAUAAUUUGUUUAUGAUUUUCUUCAUCCUUUUCAAGAAUAAA